AUGAAUAAUUUACCAACGAAGUUUAAAAGUAAAGUAAUAAGAAAAUUUGCUGAAGUAUAUAAAAAGUUUUACUCUGAUAAGACUUUUGAUGAAAAGGAAAAAGUAUUUUUCAACAAUUUAGAGAAUGAAUGGUGGAAGGAAAAAAUAAGUGGAAAUGGAAAAUGUUGUGAUAUUUUAGACAAAAUAAUAGGAAAGAAUAUGUACAGUUUACAUGAUUAUAAUAAGCAAAGGUUUGAUUUUAUUUUUAAGAAUUAUGAAUUUAUUUUUUUUGAAAAUUUAAAAAAGGAGAAGCGAAAUGGAAAAUUUAAAAUAAAUAUUUUAGAUGUUGGAUGUGGGGGAGGAAUACUUUGUGAAUACAUGAAAAAUAAUAUUUUUUAUUUUUUAAUUAAAAACGAUUUAAUAUCAUUAAAAAGUGAAAAGAAUAAUGAGGAACCAGGAAAUAUUGAGAUAAACAUAGAUGGCAUAGAUGUGUCUGAUAAGUUGAUAGAAGUAGCUAGAAAAAGGCAGAAAAAAAGCGAAAAGGUAACUGAUGUGCAUGAUUAUUAUAAUAGUAGUAAAGCUGUUAUCAAAGAAUAUUUCAAAGGUGAUAGAAAAAAUGGUACAUUACAAGAUAAUAGAAUAACGGAUGAUACAAAAAGAAGAAAAAAAAACUGUAACGUAACUGUUAAUUUAAAUUAUAUAAAUUGUGAUAUUGCUGACCUAGCAAAUUCACGUCAAAUAGAAAAGAAAAAUUAUGAUAUAAUAAUUUCUUCAGAAGUUAUUGAACACGUUCCUAAUGAUAAGAAAGCAAAUUUUGUAAAAUAUAUAAGUCACUUAUGUAAUCCUAUGGCAUUAGUUAUAUUUACGACAAUUAAUAAAAAUAUCCUGUCGUAUCUUUAUGCAAUCUUGUUGGCUGAGUACAUAUCUGGAAUUAUAAGAAGGGGAACGCACGACUACGACAAGUUUAUAGGCACCAACGAGCUGAACAGCAUUUGUGAACUUUAUGAUUUAAAAAACUUAACUACCGAAUAUGUUAUGUACCUUCCCAUUAUAAGAAAUUAUUGCACAACUCAAAAGUUGAAGCUCUUAUAUUUAUCCUCCUUUGUUUACAAAAAUGGAGCAAAAAAAAGAAGUAGCUCAUACGUAGGUUAUUGA